CCUUCCUUCCUUCCUCCCUCUCUCUCUCUCAUCAUUUUCUUGAGGAAAGCAAGAAAAUGCGUGUUGUCUUUCUCUCUCUCUCUUUCUCUCCCCUUUGAAAGAUGACCAAAGUGGCGGAAUACUUUAAAAUAUUUUCUGCUUCUCAACACUUCUAGAACUAAAAAACCCAAACCAACCCAUCAUCAUCAUCAUCAAGAAGAAGCCUCCUCCUCCUCUAUAAGUUUCCAAAGACCCCCCAUCUCAAGAAAAAGAAAGAAUUCUCUUCUCUUCCCUUCCCUUCUCUUUCCUUUCGUUUUUCCUCGUUUUGCCCUCCUGGGUUUCCAUUGAUGAGGGGAGUUAUGUUCAGUCAUGGAAGCAGCUGAUACAAGAAGGAAGAGAGCUUGCCACAGCCUGGUUCACAUCUCUGGGUUCUACUGCUGGGGCUGGGAGUUCCUCACCGCUCUCUUGCUCUUUAGUUGCUCCAUCUGAUCACCCACCACCCAAAACCCUCUCUCAUCAGUCCCCCCUUCUUCUUCUCUUCUCCCCUCUGAAACUGUAGUUGCUGCUGUCGGGGAGGGGUAAAACGUGAACACAAGUAAAGCAAUGGCGCAGCGCUCAGCUCCGGCACCGUUCUUGACGAAGACGUACCGGCUGGUGGACGAUCCGGCCACCGACGACGUCAUCUCGUGGGGCGAGCACGGCCGGACGUUCGUGGUGUGGAAGACGGCCGAGUUCGCCAAGGACUUGCUCCCCAGCUAUUUCAAGCACAACAACUUCUCCAGCUUCGUUCGCCAGCUCAACACCUACGGCUUCAGAAAGAUCGUGCCGGACAAAUGGGAAUUCGCCAACGAGCACUUCGUGCGGGGCCAGAAAGAGCUCCUCUCCGAGAUCCGCCGCCGCAAGACGGUGACACCGCCUCCGAAUCCCCCGGCCUCCGGCGCCGGGAAAUCGGCCGGCGCCGCGGCGGGAGGCCAGGCCUCGCCGGAGAGCUCGGGCGAGGACAUGGGGUCCACGUCCACGUCGUCCCCGGCGGAAUCGAAGAACGCGGGUUCGGUGGAGACGGCGGCGGCCACGACGGCCGCCCAGUUCGCGGGCCUGACGGACGAGAACGAGAGGCUGAGGAGGGACAACGAGGCCCUGAGCUCGGAGCUGGCGCAGGCGAAGAAGCACUGCGACGAGCUGGUGGCGUUCCUGACGGAGUGCCUGAAGGUGGGCCCCGACCAGAUUGAUCGCAUCGUGCGGCGAGGAGGCCCCGGGACGGCGGCCUUAGCUGCCGCCGCCGGGGACCGCACAGGCGGCGUUGAUCGCGAUGACGACGACGACAAAGCAGGAGGAGCAGACGGCGAGAGGAGCAUGAAGUUGUUCGGCGUGUGGCUGAACGGGGAGGGGAAGAAGGAGAGGAAGAGGGCCCGCGAGGAGAAAGUGGGGCCCGCGGGGAUGGAGUUCCGUCAGCCGUUGAUGAAGACUAGCAAGGUCUGCAACUGAUCGUGCGGUCGGAAAGCGAUGCGGGGCCGGGGUGUACCGUAAGCUCAUUGCACCUCGAGCACACCAAAGUGCGAAGUUUUAGGGACUUGAUUUGAUCGGUCGGUCGUUGGUUUAGGAGAAAGAGACUCAUCAACCUUAAGAAGGUUUAAAUUUCUCUGUCUUCUUUUUAAUUUUUAUUUUCUGUAUUUCGGAUAUUAUUUUUUUUGGGUUUGGUGAUAGCCGAUAGGGACUCUGAUGAAAUAGAUAGAUUGGGUGCCUAAGUCGUUUGUAAAUUUGUUGGUGGUGGAGCAAGUGGGGAUUGGGAAAACGAAGAACGGUCUUCACACUCCUUGUCAAUCAAUGCAAUUGGAAAUUUGUGUAGUCGAGUAGCUUUUCAUUUGCCGUGUUAACACCACAGUAGUUGACCUAUUGAUGUACGAUUUAAUCCCGAAUGGUUCGGUAUCCCCUAAUCGAAGGCUCUAAUUCUCCAA